GAACGGGGCGCGACCUACAUUGAAUAUAUCCAAUAUAAAAUCUCGGGUUUGUUGCAAAAAGAAACUGUUUGCAACCGUUUGGACUGAUUAUUACCCUAGACUGGAAAAUACCGGGGACGCGCCUCAACAAGCAAGUGUUCACAAUCCGUCAAAAUCUCAGAUGCAAAACUGGGCAAGCUAUGAUUUAUAACACGGUACAACAUGAGGUUGCAUUGACCCUGAUAGUACUACCCCAGUAGCCUAUCACGAGGUGAAGGCUGGGUCACAGUGGUCAGUAACCCAGCUAGAAGGCUUGGCUCCAGGCUAGCCAGCCUGCCAGCAGAGGGAGGGGGCCUUGCCACGGAACGGCCUGGUGAGCUGCGGAGACUAGCAGCGGCGGGGGGGUUGUGAUGAGCGGGAAGAGCCUGCUGUUAAAGGUGAUCCUGCUGGGGGACGGUGGCGUGGGGAAAUCUUCCUUAAUGAACCGCUACGUCACGGACCGCUUCGACGCCCAGUCCUUCCACACCAUCGGGGUCGAGUUCCUCAACAGAGACCUGGAGGUGGACGGGCGCCUGGUGACCCUUCAGAUCUGGGACACGGCGGGUCAGGAGCGCUUCAAGUCCCUGAGGACGCCGUUCUACCGUGGCGCCGACUGCUGCCUCCUCACCUUCGCUGUAGACGACCUGCACAGCUUCCAGAACCUGGCCAGCUGGAAGAAAGAGUUCAUGUUUUACUCUGACGUACGAGACCCAGAGAGGUUCCCCUUCGUUGUCCUGGGCAACAAGGUGGACAAGGAGGAGGGGAAGGAGGUGGGGGAGGACGAGGCUCGGGCCUGGUGCGAGGAGAACGGCUGUUGUCCCUACUUCGAGACCAGUGCUAAGGACGAUACUAACGUGGGAGUGGCAUUCGAGGCAGCGGUACGGGAGGUUCUGGCGGCGGAGGAUCAGAUCGACCACACGCUGUUGAGUAGCACUAUCGAUCUCCACGGCAACCGUAAAGUACCGCGCUCUUCUUGCUGCUGAUUGGUUGAAAGGACUGGUUUCUCUCUCCGUCCAGCCUGUAGCAUCCUGAGGGCUAGAGAGCUGUUCUGCUCUCCACUGAUCUCUAUGGUUACUUACCUGAUGCAGGUACAAGCUGCUGAGACUGAUGAUCGGGUAUCAAUAUACCCGAUCAUGAUGAUCGGCUAUCAAUGCAGCUGAUUUUAAAGAGUGUUGGGUUGUCGGUAUCGACACAUCUGAUUUCUAAAGUUUAUCAAUGAGGUACAAUAUGUUGUUCAACUCACUCUGCUUUCAGCAGUAUAGCACAAAACUGCUCUUUACUACAUCCAGCCAGCUUCAUGUACCUGCCCUGUGUAAUGUUUUCAGCAUAUUUUGUUAUUUUUUAUUUAACUAGGCAAGUCAGUUAUGAACAAAUUAUUAUUUUCAAUGACAGCCUAGGGAACUGCCUGUUCAGGGGCAGAACGACAGAUUUGUACCUUGUCAGCUCGGGGAUUUGAACUUGCAACCUUCCGGUUACGAGUCCAAAGCUCUAACCACUAGGCUACCCUAGCCCUCUUACAGAACAGUCAUUUUAAUCUGAUAAUAUUCAUGUGUCCUUUCUGUUCUCCUCUCCAAGAGCACAGGCUGCUUGUGGCACAGCAACAUUCUCAUUCAUUUCUUUAUCUGUCUGUCUGCUAAGUCUUCUAACGUCUCAUAGGUACUUAGACCAGAACACGAUUCUAUCACAUUGUCAGGUCUCAUGACCAGAGGAAUAUCAUUUAAUAUAAUACAUAUAGACAUGGUGUGUUGACUGACUGACCAGAGGAAUAUCAUUUAAUAUAAUACAUAUAGACAUGGUGUGUUGACUGACCAGAGGAAUAUCAUUUAAUAUAAUACAUAUAGACAUGGUGUGUUGACUGACCAGAGGAAUAUCAUUUAAUAUAAUACAUAUAGACAUGGUGUGUUGACUGACUGACCAGAGGAAUAUCAUUUAAUAUAAUACAUAUAGACAUGGUGUGUUGACUGACCAGAGGAAUAUCAUUUAAUAUAAUACAUAUAGACAUGGUGUGUUGACUGACUGAC